AUGCGAUUUCCCUUGCUUGUUCGCGUCGCGGCUCUUGCCGCCACCGCCAACGCUGCCAUUGUCGGCCGUCAGCAGCAGACGACAGGAUCUGGAUCUUCUGCUGGCUCGGCUACGCCUGGUUCCAGCGCGACCGGUUCUACGCCCUCGUCGACUCCCUCGAGCUCGACUCCCAGCAGCACCACCGGCGGCGGCGGCGGCGGCGGCAGCGACACCACCGUCACCGUAACCGAGACCGUCACCGGCGAUGCCAAAUCGACCAGCACCACCACCGUUGGCUCUACCAGAGUCACUGUCCUGACCUCCACGAGCACGGAUUUUGUAACCGUCACCGUCACCAGUAGCGACGCGGACGUCGCCACAAAGACCGUCUGGGAAACUACAACAGUCAAGAUCGACAAGCGCGGCAUUGCUACUCCUACCCCUACUGCCGCUCCCGCUCUCGCCGCCCAGUUGGCGAAGCGUGCCACCAAGACAUCCACGACUACAGUGACUGUCCAGCCCUCCGUUGCUGUUGUCACCGUCACUAACGACGUCGUGUCUACUGCGGUUACAACCACCGUAGUCACCAGCACCGACACCGAGACCAGCCAAGCCAAUGCCAAAUCUACCACAACCGUCACCAGCACCAAGACCGUGUCUGCUCUCGUUGUGACGCAGACCUACAGCAGCUCUCAGACCACUCCCACCAGCGGUGACUCGACCGGCGGCAGCGGCGGCAAUGGCAGCAAUGGGAGCAAGGAUAGCGGAGGACUCUCUACUGGUGCCAAGGCUGGUAUCGGUGCCGGUGUAGGUGUUGCUGGCCUCGUCCUCAUUGCCGGUGCCAUCUUCUUCUGUUGCAGACGUCGCAACCGGUCCCCCAAGCCUGACCCUGAUAUGAUGGCUGGUGCCUCCGAGGUCCCCGUUGGCGGCGCACGCCCCAUGUCUCACGCUGCCAACACCGCUUACCGCCAACCUCCUGUCCGCAGUUCCGCCAAUCUUGCCCCCGAAGGCUACCGUGGAACCGCCAUGGGCGACGGCAGAGCUGGAUAUGCCAAGCCGGAGUCGUACGGCUCCAGCUACGGUCCCAGCCGAAGCACGACCACUACUGUGCCUCCUGCCCGAAGCAGCGGUGGUGCCGAUGCACUCCCCGAGCACCCAGCUCCCGGCUCGGAGAAUGUCCUGGCUGCUGUUCCCCGCGACCACAUGAGCUCUCCCACCGUCUCCGCUGUCUCUCCAGCACCCUCUAAACAAGAAAUGAUGCCACCGCCUCAGUCGUUUGCCCAUGAAUUGGGCACAGACAACAACUCGGCAGCCAACAAAUGGCAUAGCGAGUCUGCUGCCGAAAUUGAUAGUCAACCCGUCAUGGGUCACCAGAGCGGGCCUGUUUACGAGAUGCCGACCGAGCCCUAUCGAUGA